AUGGCGACUCUGAAUCUGUUCUCUCAGCCAUGGCAACCUACAAUUUCACCUUCUUUCUGUUGUUCUAAUUCAAACAACAACAUUUCCCACACUUACCAAAAUCAUAAUAGUAUUUCCAUCAAUUCAAAAUUGCAUUUCUGUUCCAAUUCUCGUCAAUUAUCUGUUAUUUCUCAGUUGUCCUCUCCCUCCUCAAAGUCAGGCAGUGGAAGUUCAUGGUUGCAAAGCAGUUCCUUUGUAGCUGGCAUUGAAUACAGGAAGCGUCCUCUACAUUCUGUAUUUCCCACAAAACCUGCUCAAGUUUCCUCAGUGGAAGACCUCUAUGAAUUUAUUUGCUCGGGACCUUUGCUUGACAAAAUAGGCAUCACUCAAGACCAGGUGGCUGAGUCCAUUGAUAACUGGUUACUGUAUGGCCGGUACCUAUGCAGAUUGUUUAAGCUUAAUGAAUUGUACCUUACAGAGCCUCAAAAGGCUAGGAUUUAUCACUACUAUGUACCAGUCUUUCUCUGGUGUGAACAACAGAUCGCGGAGCAUCAGUCCAAGUUCAAAGACGGAGAAGAAAUACCUCCUUUAGUGAUUGGUUUCAGUGCCCCUCAAGGUUGUGGAAAGACAACCCUUGUCUUUGCUCUUGACUAUCUUUUUGAAGUGAUUGGCAGGAAGUCUGCUACAAUAUCUAUAGAUGAUUUUUAUUUGACGGCUGAAGGUCAGAAUAAACUAAGAGAAGCUAAUCCAGGAAAUGCACUUCUUGAGUGGCGUGGAAAUGCAGGAAGCCAUGAUCUUGCUUUUUCUGUUGAAACUAUGAUAACUUUAACUAAAUUGACAAGAGAAGGUGUGAAAAUGAAGCUACCAAGAUAUGAUAAAUCUGCAUUCAAUGGGAGAGGUGACCGUGCUGAUCCUUCAACAUGGCCAGAAGUUGAAGGCCCCCUGAACGUUGUGUUGUUCGAAGGUUGGAUGCUUGGUUUCAAACCCCUUCCAGUUGAAGCAGUAAAGGCUGUUGAUCCCCAGCUAGAAACUGUAAAUAAAAACCUUGAAGCUUACUAUGAUGCAUGGGACAAAUACAUUAAGUCAUGGAUAGUCAUCAAGAUUAAGGACCCAAAUUGUGUCUUCCAAUGGCGCUUGCAGGCUGAGAUUGCCAUGAGGGAGGCCGGCAAUCCUGGAAUGACAGAUGAUGAGGUGAGAGAUUUUGUUUCACGCUACCUGCCAGCAUACUAUGCAUACCUUCCUACACUUUACUCGGAGGGACCAAACGGAUCAGAUCCUCAACAUCUCCUAACCAUUGAAAUAGAUGAAGGGAGAAACCCCAUCCUUGCUGCCAUUUGA